AUGUGGUGGAUGACAGACCAUUGGGGCUACGUCUAUUAUUUUCGAUUUGAUUUACAGUAUGUUGUACAGGAUAAUUUUGUUAAAACUGUGUAUUUGAAUGGUUUUCAAUAUUUUAAUGAACCAGAAUUAUUAAACAUGAUACAUUUUAAAACUGAAAACGUUUCACAAAUAAUAAAUAAAUACAUUUGUAUGAAAACAUUUGACAUAUUUGUUAAAUUCAUAAAUCACAACACAAGCACAGCCAAAUUGAGUUUUAUUUGUACAUUUAUUUCUAUUUUACGACUCAUAUUAGAUUUUUAUAGUCAAAACCAGUUGGAGUGA